AUGUACAACACUCAUCGCGGGAUGGUGCCCGCUCCCAACUCCCGUCUGACGGAGUUGCUGGAUCAGCUGCGUCAGGAGUUUGAGAGCCAGUCGCGCAGCACCGGCGAAUUCGAGCAUCAGUAUCACGCAGUGACCGGACAGCUCCAAGAAAUGGAGAUGAUCCGUCAAAAGGUUUUCCAGUUGGAACAAGCCCAGGUCAAGAUCAAGCAGGACUACGAAACCGAAAUCCGAAUGUUGCGACACGAACUCGAGUCGCGCGGCGUCCAAACUAUUCCCUCCCACAUCGGCGGUCCUGCCGCAGCCCAUACAGCUCCUACCCAGGCUCCCCCGCCUGCAUUGGGUCACGGCCCUAGCAAUCUGUUUGGCGGUAUCAUGACCAACCCACCAGGUAGUGGCCCCGGUCUUGCCCCUCCCCCUCCCCAGGAUCAGCAGCCUCCCCAGCAUGCCCUUCAACAACCUGCUUCGGCUGCCCAGCCCGGUGCGCCGCAACCCCCGCAGAGUUCCUUUGGAGGAUAUCAAGCUGGCGCUGCUGUGAACGGCUAUGGACCUCCUCCCCCGACCGCAUCGCCAGGACCUGGUAAGGGCCGUGGACGUGUGCCCCCAGGCCCGGCCACCCCCCAGCAACAGCACAUUGCCUACCCGGAUCCCCGUGCUUCGCCUCAGAUCCCUCGCCCAACUCCCCCUAACCAGACCUCUCUCCCCCGUGAGCGCCCGGGAAACAUGCUGGCCAAUUGGAACCCCGAUGAACUGCCUGCGUCGCAAAAGCGCGAGGGUCCUGACUGGUACGCUGUUUUCAACCCCGAGGUGCAGCGUGUGCUAGACGUGGAACUGGUUCACCACUUGAACCACGACAGCGUCGUCUGCUGUGUCCGCUUCAGCCGCGACGGCAAAUACCUAGCCACCGGUUGCAACCGCUCAGCUCAAAUCUUUGAUGUGACCACUGGACAGAAUGUGGCCACUCUCCAGGAUGAGAACGUCGACAAGGACGGCGAUCUCUAUAUUCGCAGUGUUUGCUUCAGCCCUGACGGCAAGUACCUUGCAACUGGUGCCGAAGAUAAGCAGAUUCGCGUCUGGGAUAUCAACGCACGCACCAUCAAGCACAUCUUCUCGGGACACGAGCAGGACAUCUACUCCCUAGACUUCGCCGGCAACGGCCGAUAUAUCGCCUCUGGCAGUGGAGACAAGACCGUGCGUCUUUGGGAUAUCCUCGAUGGCAAGCUUGUCUACACUCUCAGCAUCGAAGAUGGCGUCACAACUGUCGCUAUGUCUCCGGAUGGUCACUACGUGGCUGCCGGUUCGCUUGACAAGAGCGUGCGUGUGUGGGACACUACGACUGGAUACUUGGUGGAGCGUCUGGAGAACCCCGAUGGACACAAGGACAGUGUCUACUCGGUUGCCUUCGCGCCCAAUGGCCGAGACCUUGUCAGUGGCAGUCUUGACAAGACUAUCAAGCUCUGGGAGCUUACUGUCCCGCGGGGCAUGCACCCCCACAGCGGCGUCAAGGGCGGCAAGUGCCUGCGCACCUUCGAGGGUCACAAGGACUUUGUGCUUAGCGUGUGUCUGACUCCCGACGGAGCCUGGGUGAUGAGUGGUUCCAAGGAUCGCGGUGUCCAGUUCUGGGACCCGGUGACUGGCAACGCCCAGAUGAUGCUUCAGGGUCACAAGAACUCCGUCAUCUCGGUUGCGCCCAGCCCCACUGGCAACCUGUUCGCGACUGGCAGUGGAGACAUGCGUGCGCGCAUCUGGAGAUAUUCGCCGUACACUGGACGAUAG